ACAUUACAAAAAACACACACAUUAAAGAACAGCCACAAUAUAAAUAACUCAAUUUUCAAAUCCAUGCUUUAUUCUUAUAGCUUGUAAGAACGUCAAGAAGAAUUAUUUAUAAAAUUGUUGUUAAAGGUUCAGAUAAGAACUAGAAGAAAUCAUAAAAAGGAGUUCUCUUCUGUUUCAACAACAACAACUAUGGUGUCUCUCGCGCACAUAUUACUUUUGAGUGGAUGUACCAUAGUUAUAAAUGGACAAUAUGAAGGCCGUCCAAGAUUACCAAAUAAAUGUGCUGCUGUAUUUUGCGGAGCGACAGACUGUUUAAAUCCAACCACGCCUCCUGGGGAAUGUUUUGCGGUCUGUCCCCCAACACUGCCACCACAUUGUGCUGCUGUGUUCUGUUUACGACCAGACUGUUUGAACCCAACAACGCCUCCAGGUGGAUGUUGUCCAGUCUGCCCAGGAAAGACGUGUUUUUAUAAAGGCGUCAGGAGAGAGGACGGUGAAACAUUUAAAGACGAUUGUAACACAUGUACAUGUAACAAUGGUAACGUGCGCUGUACAAAAAGAGGUUGUCGUAAGUAACAAUUUCUUUUAUAAA